CUUCCGGGGUGGCCCGCUCCCCCCCCCCUCUCCCCUCAGAGCGCUCAGCGAAGGAGGGGGCAGUGGCCCCGGGUUCGCGCCCCCUCCCAGCCGGGAGAAGCGGCUUUUCCUCGGGACGGUAGUGUAAGGUUUUCCUCUACCUCGCUGAGGACGGUGAAGUCAUCCCCGGACCUUCCGUGACAGUGCCUGAACAGCCCGGAUAUGAUGCCAAAAGAUCUCCAAAGUAUUUUAUAGUUUGACCCAAUGAUUCUUCUGGAUCUAUAUUUCUCUCUUCAAGAAUAAGUGCAAAGACCAAAUCCUACUUACUAUCAGAUAUUUUUUAUUGCAAGAUCAUGGACCAUAUUACUAGGGAGAAAGAUGAAAGGCGAACAGGGAAAGGGAAUCCAGGAAGAAGCACGCACAGUUCUCGAGCAUCAAGUUCCACUUCGGCGGCUGGAGUUCUCAUGGUCGGGCCCAAUUUUAGGGUUGGCAAGAAGAUCGGCUGUGGUAAUUUUGGAGAGCUCAGGCUAGGAAAAAAUCUUUACACAAAUGAAUAUGUAGCAAUCAAGCUGGAACCAUUAAAAUCUCGUGCCCCACAACUGCACUUAGAGUAUAGAUUUUAUAAACACCUCGGCUCUUCAGUUGAAGGCUUCCCACAGGUAUUUUAUUAUGGUCCAUGUGGAAAAUACAAUGCCAUGGUACUGGAGCUCCUUGGCCCAAGUUUGGAAGACUUGUUUGACCUCUGUGAUAGAACAUUCACUCUGAAGACUGUCUUAAUGAUAGCAAUUCAGCUGCUUACUCGAAUGGAAUUUGUGCACUCAAGGAAUCUCAUUUAUCGAGAUGUCAAGCCGGAGAAUUUUCUUAUUGGCCGGCAAGGAAAUAAGAAAGAACACAUCAUCCACAUAAUAGACUUUGGAUUGGCCAAGGAGUACAUUGAUUCUGAAACACAAAAACAUAUACCUUACAGAGAACACAAGAGCCUUACUGGAACAGCAAGAUAUAUGUCCAUUAAUACACACCUGGGCAAAGAACAGAGUCGGCGAGAUGACUUGGAAGCUCUUGGACACAUGUUCAUGUAUUUUCUUCGAGGCAGUUUACCAUGGCAAGGCCUUAAGGCUGAUACAUUGAAAGAGCGAUACCAGAAGAUUGGGGACACAAAGAGGAAUACUCCAAUUGAUGUUCUCUGUGAGAACUUCCCGGAGGAGAUGGCCGCCUACCUUCGUUACGUCCGACGGCUAGACUUCUUCGAGAGACCAGACUACGAUUACCUACGAACCAUCUUCACCGAGUUAUUUGAAAAGAGGGGAUUCACCUUCGAUUACGCCUACGACUGGGUUGGCAGGCCAAUUCCCACUCCGGUGGGACCCAUGCAUAUAGAAUCGGGACCAUCUGUAAUGAGAGACGCCCACAUACACCGGGAUCGAUCCUCCGUACAGCCUUACCGAAAUCAGCCUGUGUCCGAACGCAGAGGAGAGUGGGAAAUCCCGGCAGUCCGGCAGACCAAUGCUAUGUUUCUGGCCUCUCACUUGGCUUCCGAACGGCAUGGGGGAUCUGUCCAGGUGGUAAGCUCAACCAACGGCGAGUUGAACGUUGAAGAGCAAGCAGGAGCACCUUCCAACGUACCACUUGCGGCCCGUACUGAGGUGGAAGUAGUAGAGGAAGCUAAGUGCUGCUGCUUCUAUAAGAGGAAACGAAAGAAGUCUUCUCAGCGCCAGAAAUAACAGGUGUCUUCCGAAGGCAUUUUUUUUGGGGGGGGGGGUGUUUUUUGCGUACCUGCUGUUCCUGCCACCUCUUAUUAAAUGAGGCUCCUGUUUGGGGAAGGUCAAGAAACAAGGGACACUUUAAACCAAAAAAAAAAAAAAAGCGGGGGAGAGACAGAGAGAGAGAAAACAGAGAGGAGGGGGAAAUUCCAAAAUAAACAUUCAGGUGGAUUCCCCAGAUGGUCUCCCUCAUUCACUCCUCGGAUCCUGAAGCUCCUUUUGGCAGAAUCAGAGAGCAUCUUCCCCUCCCCAUCUUGCCCUUCCCCUCCCCUCCAGGCACUGGUUGCCCUUUGACGGAAGGCGAGGCUGGCUACCUUCCUUCCUUUUCCAUGGGGGGGUGGAGGGGAGGGCAUUCCUGGCGAAUGUGCUUCGUUGUUCCUCCUUUUGGGUCCUCCAUGUGCUUCCCCCUCCCCUCCCUCCCCCUCCCAGGACAGGGCCUGUGGUGAGCCGUAGGGCCAAGUGAACUCACGGCUGCAAAGGGAAGAACGCUGUUGAAAAGAGCCCCAAGGUUCUCCUACAUCUAAACCCUUGGUUUUCAACUCUCCCAGACAGCCAAGAUGGGACGUCCACCAUCGAUGGUCGCCCAUGGACAGCAUCCACAGCAGUAAGCCAACAGCCGGAGAAUUGCAAUCUACUCUUCCAGUUGCCUUGAAUUUUUUCUGGCUUCGGUGAUGUCUGUCUCUCUCCCUCCUAUUUUUUUUUUCUUUCUCUCUUCCUCAGAAUGGUUGGAGAAAACUCUCCGUUCUAAAAUGAGCAUACGUUUGUUGCACUUUUAAUUAUUAUUUUUAUUUUUAUUGUAACACGAUGGAUGCAUAUGACGCUGUUUGUGUGUGUUGUCUCCUGGUCGUGGCGGCGAAUGAGGCCAGCCCACCUGCUCAGCUUUCCCACCCCUCUUUAACAGCAGGCUGCCCAUCCCCUCUUUAGGAUUCCUCACCAGGACCGCUGCCGGGUUCUUCUUAACGCCUCCCCCCCCCCCCGCAACGGUGUUUGCGCCCCGCCGCUUACUUGAAUAUUUUUUCCAGCUCCUCUUGAAACACCCCGCUCGUGGUUUGUCUCCAUGGUGCCUACCUUUCACCGGCUUGAGAUUGAAACAAAAAAAAACAAAUCUUUUCUGCUGGCUGAAGGAGCGAAGUCAGCUGGACUGAACUUUGGACAAAUGACCAUAGAAUGAAAUGAGGCCCUUUGGCCUUUUUAAAGCGGAGCAAGGCUCAGCCAGAGAGUGGACACUGCCCUUGCCUUACACUUCGUCUCUGGUUUGGAUUUUGCCAAGGCUUUUCAGUCAAUCUCUACAGACUAGAAGAGGGUGUCAUCUAUGUAGUGCCUGCUGAUUUUUUUAUUUUUAUUUUUCUGUUUUGUAACCUGGGCCCUAAUGUUCCUGGAACACACACCUGGACACGCGAUGAGAUAAACUAUCGAAAAUGCAAGCGUUUUUUUUUCUUUCUCUCUCUCUCCCAAGCAGACGGGAACUUUGGGCACACUUUGAGAGAGGGAUUGAAGAGGAUCUUUCUUCAAAACCCUUGGAGUCGCCUCCUAAAAUCCAUCCGAAAGGCGACGCGACCUUGUUGAUCCAGCGACUGAUUUCCUUUCCUCCCGGAAAGGAAGAAGCUACCUCUGGGACUGUAGAGGAAGAAACAAGCGUAGAGUUCCUCGUUUGCAAAUGAAAGAAC